UUAUACGUGAAUGAUCUUGGAACUAUUCCUGACGAAACAAGCCUUCAUGAUCUAAAAUUCUUGAAGUUAAUUAUCAAAGAAACUCUAAGAUUACAUCCUCCUGCGCCAUUGAUUCCAAGAGAGUGUAGGAAGAGAUGUCAUGUUAAUGGAUACGACAUUCACGUCAAAGGUAAAGUAUUGAUUAAUGCAUGGGCAAUUGGAAGAGAUCCCAGUUAUUGGAAUGAACCUGAGAGAUUCUAUCCAGAGAGAUUCAUCAAUGUUUCGACUGAUUUUAAGGGUAGCGACUUUGAAUUCAUCCCAUUUGGUGCUGGAAAGAGGAUGCGCACUGGCAUGUUGUUUGCUAUAGCCAACAUUGAGUUUCCACUUGCGCAGAUGUUAUUCCAUUUUGACUGGAAACCUGUUGAUGGAUUGAAGCCUGAAAAUCUUGACAUGACUGAGUCUUUUGGUGGCGCACCUAAAAGAAAACGAGAUCUUAAGUUAAUUCCCAUUUCAUAUCGUUCACUCGUGGGAUAA